AUGUCCCAGAGUUCGACUUGGAGAUUGAGAAUGACAAAUCAGUUUGACUUGGAGAAUGCACGGACGUCACUGGACGAGCAAGGGUUGAAGAUUGCGGAGAAUCAGGAGGCGAGCUCCAAGAAUCGGAGGAAACUCGCAGAGUCCACACGAGACUUCAAGAAGGCAGGUAAAGAGGAGCAGAGCAAGUUGUUCGGCGCCCUUCUCAAGGCGUAUCAGGAGGAGGUGGACAACCUCACAAAGCGCGCCAAGUUUGCAGAAGCAUCUUUCCUGGGCGUCUACCAGAAGCUCUAUGAGGCCCCGGAUCCUGUGCCGUCCCUGGCGUCUGCUGCUGAGGUGGCAGCGAAUGCUGCUGAGCUGGCGGCGGAGAAUCGGCGCAUGCAUGCUGAGCUGGAGGAGUUCCGAUCUGAGUCAGCACACCUCAAGAACCAGCAGGCGACGGUUCGACGGCUGGAGGAGAGAAACCGACAGCUGGAGCAGCAGAUGGAGGAGAAGAUGGAGGAGAAGGUGAAGGAGAUGGUGGCGAUGAAGCAGCAUGUGCUUCUGACUCAUCCCGAGCUGUGCCUCUCCGUGCUUGUGUAUGCCCUAUUGUCUAUGGAGGAGAAGGUGAAGGAGAUGGUGGCGAUGAAGCAGCAUGUGCUUCUGACUCAUCCCGAGCUGUGCCUCUCCGUGCUUGUGUAUGCCCUAUUGUCUGGAGGACGCAACGCACUGCUGGAGCAGCUGCGGGCGGCGAGGGAGACAGUGAACACUCAUGAUGAUGUGCGACUCCUCAAUCAAAGAUACACUCUCCCUCUCUCCCUCUCUCCCUCCCUCCCUCCCUCCCUCCCUCCCUCCCUCCCUCCCUCCCUCCCUCCCUCCCUCCCUCCCUCCCUCCCUCCCUCCCUCCCUCCCUCCCUCCCUCCCUGCCUCCCUCCCUCCCCUCUGUCCUCCCUCCGUCAACAGGGAGGAUGCACUGCAGGAGCAGCUGAGGGCGGCGAGGGAGACAGUGAGCAACAUGCAGCGGCUGCACGAGAUGAGCCAGUCGCAGCUGUUCGAGCUCAAGGCGCAGUCAGAGCAGGAGUGGGCAUCAAAGCAGGGCGAGAGGAGGAUCGCGCGUCGAAGCAGGGCGAGGUGAAUUUGCUGACCGACGAGGUGGAGCGAGCUCAGGCGCGGCUUCUGGCUCUGGAGAGAGAGAAGGAAGCUCUAAAGGCGCAGCUGCAGACUGCACAACCUAGUGAAGCAGCAGAUGGCGAGAGCACGGACAGCAGUGGAGCGGUGGGGUGGGAGGCGGCAGUGAGGGCAAAGGAGGCGGUGAUAGCAUCGCUGCAUCAGGAGCUGCACGCCCUGGAGGCAGCAGGGGCGGCUGAGAGGGAGGAGCAGCGGGCGGAGGUGAAACGACUCAAGGCGCUGCUGCAGGACCAGGAGUCGUCCAUUGGAGCGCUGAGAGCGGAGCUGGCAACGAGGCCCACACAGAGGCAGUGGGAGGACCUGCGCAAGCAAGUGAAGAUCCUGCAGGCUGUGGGGUACAAUGCAGUGGAAGUGGACGACUGGGAUGAACCAGGCAUGGCAUCCAACGGUCCAGGAUCGUCCUCCGAUCUCUCUGCUGCUGCAGAUGGGGACAGUGGGAAAAGGGGAGGGGAAGGGGGAGUGAUGCGCAGCAGCAGUGGGGCUGACAUUGGGAAACUGGAGGCGUUGCUUCUGGAGAAGAACAAACGGAUGGAGCACGAGUUGACUCAAGUCAAGAUGCGUCUAAGUGAGAGGGAGGAGGAGUGCGAUGAAACGAAAGCUAAGCUGGUAGCACUGGAAGGGACAGUGGCGGAGCAGAGGGCGCUCAUAGGCAAACUGGAGGACGACAUUCUCAAGGGCUAUGGCGCACGGGACAAGCACCGGGCGGCGUCCGUUGGCAGCAUUGUCUCGAUGCCCGGAGCAGCGGGCGGCAGCGGUGGUGGUGGUGUGGAUGGUGGUGUUACAGGUGGCAGCAGCAGAUUGGUGGAUGAUGAUUCGGUGCUGAUGGUGGUAUGCGGGCAGCGGGACAGGUUCCGACAGCGAAUGGGAGAGCUGGAAGAGGAACUGCGGGCAGAAAGGGAGAGGAGCAGCAAGUUAGCGACAGAGGUGGAGCGGUUGAAAGCAGACAACGUGAAGCUGUAUGAGCGCAUGCGCUACGUGCAGGACUACACAAGCGCUGGUGGGGGAGGGGACAGACCCAACACUAGUCGAUCCAGAAAGAGUGACCUCGAGGCGGGUCCAGCAGCGGACGUGGAGGGCAAGUACAAGAAGAUCUACGAGGAGACAAUCAACCCGUUCGCUGCUUUCUCCACCAAGGAGAGGGAGCAGCGGGUAAGGGACCUGGGUCUGCGAGACAGAAUCACCCUCACCAGCGGCAAAUUCCUCCUCUCCAACAAGUAUGCGCGCACGUUUGUCUUCUUCUACUCCAUCGGCCUGCAUAUCCUCGUGGCUCUCAGCAUGUACCGCCUCUCCAGCCUCAGCCAUGCCAGGAGCAAGGGGGUGGUGUAUGUGCGUUUCAAGGCACAGAGUGAGGCAGUCUCGGCUAAGAAACAACUCCAUGGCAUCCGCAUGGGAAGCAACAACCUAUCAGCUCACUACUUCCCCCCUCAUUCAGCUGACUGCACUGAACCGCACUCCACACCUGUCAUUCCUUCUUCUGCUGCUGCUCCUUCUACUGCUCACAAGCAUGGAGCACACAGGGAGGCAUCACCACCACCACCGCCGCCGUUACAGCAAAGGCCUUUCACUGACCCCUCUCUCCGCCGCCUGCUGCAUGCCCUCAUGGCUUUCAGCGAGCAAGAACAGCUGGUUUCACAAAGGCGUGAAGGAGAGGGAGCAACAGCAGCAGCAGCAGGGCAGGAACAACUUAUUGUGAGAGAAAAUACUAUUGACCAAGAGAAGGGGAUGACAGGUGCAGAGGAAGCAGUGGGCCAACAGCUGGGAUUGGGAAGCAGAGGGAAGGAGAGGGUUGAAGAGAGAAGGGACGAAGCAGCAUUGCCUAUAAGGGAGGUGCACGCAGAAAGGGGAAGCCAUUCAGCAGCAGGAGGGGGGGAGGGAGAAAGCUGUUUGGAGGAAGGGAGCUAUUAUCCCUUUCCUCCCCCACACUUUAGGUACGCGUACCCUCCUCCGUCUGCUCCCACCAUCAUCAACAUUGCUCUUGCACUCAUCGCCACACCCCGCCUAUACACGCAGGUAGGCUGGGCUGGCCCGACCGUCAUGACUCGCAGUGCCGCCGCGUCCUCCUCCCAACCCACCACGAGCCCCUUCGAGGCGCCCUCACAGCCCCUCAGAGCACAGUCGCCCUUGCCACCAGCACAUUCCGUCACCACCCCGUCCGAUGCAAGCCUUCUGAUGCCGAAAAGCACCGUACGAACUGCCGCUGCUGAUGUCAAUGCCUCUCGCCUCCCACCCUCCGCGUCCCGCCCUGUCACAAGCCUCCUUGAAACGCCGUCACAGCCCCUCAGCAGCGCACAAUCAUCCAUACCAGCAGCAGCUGCCACCCGAUUGAAGAAGGGUUUUGAGACGUCUCAAAACCCUUCUUCAGUCAAUGACUCCCGCCUCCCGCCCUCCACGCCCCGCCCUGUCACAAGCCUUCUCGAAACGCCGUCACAGCCCCUCAGCGCACAAUCAUCCAUACCAGCAGCAGCUGCCACCCCAUCCAAUGCGACUCUUGAAAUUCCUCGAAGCACAGCUUCCCGCCCCAAACCUCCUGGGCUUUUCCCAGCACAGACAGAUUCCAGUGUUGGUGGUGGUAGAGAUGGCGGAAGGGGUGUCGUGCUUCCCAUAGCAGAAAGAAGGGAGGGAGGCGGAGUUAUCAGAACAAGGAAGAGAGGAGAGGUGGAGGAGGAAGAAGAGGAGGAGGAGGGAGGGGAUGAGGGUGUGUGGGAGGAAGGCGAGGAGAAGCGGCUGGAGAGAGCUGGAGUGAGAAAGGUGGUUGCAGGAAAUGGAGGAAGGGUUGCGGGACGGGCAGGGCUGGUGGUCAAGAAAAGGACGCCUGUUUUGCAGAUCCAGUUGCGGCCAGAGAAAAAAAAGCCAAGAACUCACGAGGGCAGGGCAGCUGAAAGCAAUGCUGCAGUGACAGACCAAGAUAUUGGGGUGUCAUUAACAGACCAGGAGGUUAUGGUGACACUGACGGGACGAGAUGCGAUGACAACGGGCGGACAAAAGGAGAGCGGUGCAGUGGCAGAGGCAAUUUUGGAGUUGGAUGGGGUGGAGGAGGGACGGCGGCAGGAUGGAGCUGGUUUCGAGGAGGGAAGGGGAAAAUACACGGACGGGCACAAGGAAAUCCGGAUAUAUGACGAGGGGGGAACCAAGGCGAAGGCAGAGGAAGGGGAUGUGGGGAAAAGGGAGAGGACAAAUGUGGGGGAGAAGGGGGGUGAUAGAGAGACGUGCAGUUUGGCAGAUGGUGUGGAUAAGGAGAGAGAGGUCAGGCGUGAGGAGGAUCUGAGAGAGGAGGGGAGUGAGGAGGAUUGGAGAGGGGAGGGGGAUGAGAACAGGGCCACUUUGGAGGAGUUGAGGAGGCAGCAGCUGACAGGGGAGCAGUUGCUGGAGUGUGCAGCGUAUAAGGUGGGAAACUGUUGUACAAUUGGUGCACUUACUGUAAAUAUGGACACACAAUGUGGGCUGAGGAGGCAGCAGCUGAGAGGAGAGCAGUUGCUGGAGUGUGCAGCGUAUAAGGUGAGAAACUGA